AGAAUCCAUCAUUUCUGUUUUUUCACUAUACUUGGGAACUUCUCAUGACUAAUGAGAUUCGUAUGCUUUUACCAUUUGUUAAGGUGGUCUAGUGGGGAUACAUUAAACAAAACUUAAGAUUCAAUGAGCCUGAUGCCAAUUCUAGUGCUAUUCAUUUUUCUUUCUUAAGGUCAUUUGCUCAUUGCCAGGAAAUCAGAAUUAAGGAACUCAUCGCUGUCUUCAUAUUUCUUUUCUCAAGUGUUAACCUAUUAUAUACAUCCUGGGGAGAACAGUUUGAACUUGUUUCAGGCGAGUGUGUAGAUCUGUACAUCUGGCCUAUAAUAUAUUAACGUCACCAUUGAUCAACAAUGUUCAAUAUCCUGAGCUUUACUUGUAUGGUAGUAGGUAUGCCACAAGACCUAUAGUUUUGACUUAAAAAUGUAUCCACUUCUAUAGUCGGUAUGGAAUUACAAAGAUCUUGCUGUUUUAAGCGUUUAAGAUCCCAGUCUGUUUAGCGUUGUUUUAUCCUCUUCUAUCUUCUCUCUCUCUCUCUAGAGCUUCUCUUUUCUCACUUGUUGAAAAUAUUGAAAUGUGCUGUUGACAACAUUCUCAAGGAAUAGUCACUAUCAUAAGUUGUUAUUGUACAUGUAAUAUAAAUAUAAUGUUGCUUCUCUUUUCUCACUUGUUGAAAAUAUUGAAAUAUGUUGUUGACAAUAUUCUCAAGGAAUUGUCACUAUCAUAAGUUGUUAUUGUACAUGUAAUAUAAAUAUAAUGUUGCUUCUCUUUUCUCACUUGUUGAAAAUAUUGAAAUGUGCUGUUAACGAUAUUCUCAAGGAAUUGUCAACGAUAUUCUCAAGGAAUUGUCACUAUCAUUAGUUGUUAUUGUACAUGUAAUAUAAAUAUAAUGUUGGGUUAAGUCCUGCCAUGAGUACUAUGUAAAGAGAUUUUAAACAUUUUCAGAUUUAAGGGACGAGUCACAUGCUGCCUCCCACAUGGAGGAGGAUGCUGAGUCCCAGACAGUGCAUUCUGAGCCAAAAGCUGCUGUUGAAGCGUAUUCUUUUUCCAAUUCCAGUGAAAGAGCAAACGACUUCUGCUUCAGAACUUGUCGAAGAUGAUGUGGAAAAGAAUAAGAAGAGACACUUGAAUGUGGUAUUCAUCGGUCAUGUUGAUGCUGGAAAGUCUACCAUUGGAGGCCAGAUACUAUACCUCAGUGGCCAAGUUGAUGAGCGCACAAUCCAAAAAUAUGAGAAAGAAGCUAAGGAUAAAAGUAGAGAGAGCUGGUAUAUGGCAUAUAUUAUGGAUACCAAUGAAGAGGAGAGGGCGAAGGGGAAAACAGUUGAAGUUGGACGAGCACAUUUUGAGACAGAGACUACACGAUAUACCAUAUUGGAUGCACCGGGCCAUAAAAGUUAUGUACCUAAUAUGAUUAGCGGUGCUUCUCAAGCUGAUAUAGGUGUACUGGUCAUAUCUGCUCGAAAAGGGGAAUUUGAAACUGGAUAUGAGAGAGGUGGACAGACGCGUGAACAUGUUCAACUUGCAAAGACUUUGGGUGUUUCAAAGCUGCUGGUUGUUGUCAAUAAAAUGGACGAUUCAACCGUUAACUGGUCAAAGGAGAGGUAUGAUGAAAUUGAGUCAAAGAUGGUCCCCUUUUUAAGGUCUUCAGGAUACAAUGUGAAAAAAGAUAUUCAGUUUCUUCCAAUAUCUGGCCUUUAUGGUACCAAUUUGCAAACAAGAAUGAGCAAAACUGUAUGUCCAUGGUGGGAUGGCCAAUGUCUCUUUGAAGUCCUUGAUGUUAUAGAUGUUCCACUACGUGAUCCAAAAGCUCCAUUCAGAAUGCCUAUUAUCGACAAGUUCAAGGACAUGGGGACUGUUGUUAUGGGGAAAGUAGAAUCUGGUAGUGUACGUGAGGGCAGUAACCUGCUGAUUAUGCCAAACAAGGUUCAAGUGAAAGUUGUUGCCUUAUAUUGUGAUGAAGACAGAUGUAGGAGUGCAGCCCCUGGUGAGAAUCUACGAGUCCGAGUAUCUGGGAUUGAAGAAGAAGACAUACUAUCGGGUUUUGUUCUUUCCAGCGUUGAAAAACCAAUAGCAGCUGUUUAUGAGUUUGUCGCUCAGUUGCAUAUUCUUGAAUUGCUGGAAAAUGCUAUUUUCACUGCUGGUUACAAGGCUAUAUUGCACAUUCAUGCUGUUGUUGAGGAAUGCGAGAUUAUUGAACUGAUGCAGCAAAUUGAUCCUAAAACUAGGAAACCUAUGAAAAAGAAGGUGCUCUUUGUGAAGAAUGGUGCUGUUGUCAUAUGCCGUAUUCAGGUGACUAAUAUGAUAUGCAUUGAGAAAUUCUCGGAAUUUCAGCAGCUUGGUCGGUUCACACUCCGCACAGAAGGAAAAACAGUUGCAAUUGGAAAAGUUACGGAGCUUGGUGCAUAAACAAUUUUGUGUGCAAGUACAUGAGCGGCUAAUUGGGAGCAAGAGUUGAGAGUAUAAAUCAAUUGGCAUAUGAUCCUGCUACUUCUCUUAUCUAGUUGAUUGUUUUUGGUGAAAUGGGUAUGGUUCUUGAUCUGUUUUUCUAACGAUCAUAUUAUACUGAAUCAUACGCUCUAGGCGAGUAAACGACCAUAUAUUGCACAUUUUACUAGCACUCCAGGAACUUGUUCUUCUGCGAAAGAACAAGCACAAUUUGUUUCCGGUUAUGGCCUAAUGAAGAUCUUGUUUUUUGAAUACUAAAAUCUAACUUUUGUUG